AUGAAAUUGAAGAUACUUAAAGUUAAAAACGACAGAAAGAACAGAAAGAGGUGGAAUUGGUCGAAACUAAAUACAGAUAAUGCAAACAGAAAAUUCUGCACUAAAUUGGAAGAAAAACUACUAGUCCUAAAUCCAUCGAAUAUAGAUAAAACAUGGGAAGACAUAAAAGAGAGUAUCUUAACAACAGCAGAGGAGACGAUAGGACUAAUGGAAGACAAUAAAAGAAAGGAUUGGUACGAUAAAGAAUGCGAGCAAGCUAGUAAAGACAAGGACAAAGCAAGACACAGGUGGUGGCCACAGGGAAACAAGAAGAUCUCCUACACUAUAAGGAGAAUAAGAAAAAGAGUCAGACAAAUGCUGCAAAACAAAAAAGAAGAAAUGGAUCGAAGAAUUACUGCAGGAACUCGAAGCCAAUAGUAAUGACAAUGCAAGACUAUACAAAUACAUAAAAUCACAGAGAAAAAAGAGAUACUAGCAAAUAUUGGAAAAAUAGAAUGGGAAACACACUAUAGAGAACUAUUUAAAAAGAAAGACGAUGAUGAAAACGCAGAAAAUGAAGAACAAACAGAAAAUAGGAAUGGAGAACAAUCAGAGCCUCCCUCAUACUGCGAAGUAUUGGCGACCAUAAACA